UUAAACAAGUUCUUACGCAGGGACGUAGGCCUUCCUCUUUUCUGGGUUAUUGGAUAUCCUUCCGCUUACGACGCAGUUAUCUAAACCCAGCUAGUUUGUAAACAUCCAGACGGAAUCCGUCAGCGACCAUCAUCGACGACAAAUUUCAUCGGAGAUUAUAUCUUCCAACCUUUAACCAUGAAAUUUAUGUACAAAGAAGAGCACCCAUUUGAGAAGAGACGGUCUGAGGGAGAGAAAAUUAGAAAGAAAUACCCGGACAGAGUGCCUGUGAUUGUUGAGAAAGCCCCUAAAGCCAGAAUAGGCGAUCUGGACAAGAAGAAAUAUCUUGUUCCAUCUGACCUUACAGUGGGACAGUUCUACUUCCUGAUCCGAAAAAGGAUCCACUUGAGGGCUGAAGAUGCACUCUUCUUCUUUGUCAACAACGUCAUUCCUCCCACUUCGGCCACCAUGGGCCUCCUCUACCAGGAACACCACGAGGAGGACUUCUUCCUUUACAUUGCAUAUAGUGACGAAAGUGUCUAUGGGGAAAGGGUGACAGACGUGUAGCCCUUUCCCCCUCCCUAUCACCAAACCACACUACGCACCCAGUAAAAAACUAAAUAAAAAAGCAAAAAUAAAUCUACCUACCAGAAUGUGUGCGUUGAAGGCACGUUCAUACCCUCUCCUGCAGUGGAGUCCUAUUUGUACUAUGUGCUGCUUGAACAGACUCACUUUGCUUUUCCUCUUUUUAACACUCACUUUCUGUAUCUGUUACUCUUGCUUUUAUUUGUUUGGGUUUGGCAUGUUUCUUUGCUUCAGCGGUGGUUUGCUGAUCUCUCUGAUAAUUUAACCCUCCGGCCUCUGGCCCUUCUCUCUGUUUUUUGUUUUCCACUCAUUUUGCUCUUAGAGCUUCUUAGCAAUCAGACAUUAGUAGAACUGGACUCCUACAAUACAACAUAAAAUCCAAUUAUGUUAUUUAAAAAAACCAACUUGUAUACAUGUACAAUAAUUUGACCACCCCUGUCCCUUUUUUUCCCCUAAGGGUGGAUGUUUUGAACAUCUAAUUCAUAGAUUCAGUUCCUUGUGUUGCAGGAAAUUGCUUAUUUGUUUUGCAUUUAAAUUUUUUAUUUUUUUUUUUUAUGACAAAGGUCCUGUAAUAUAUUGAGAAAGAUAUAGACCCAUUUAGGGGGAUGUACUUUUGACUUAAGAAAUAUACUUUUUUUUUUUUCUUUGCUCUUUCCAGUAGCUCAGUCCUGCAGCUAUGUAAAAGCUUACUCUUGCAACCACUAUAAACAUCAUGGAAAUAA